AUGUCAACCGCAGCAAGUCGAAUGCCUAGUGAUUUCUUAUAUGAAGCGAGUCGAGAGAUCAGACCGCCCCCAUAUUAUCGACAAGCUGGCCAAUCACUUCAGCGGAAGACUCAAAAGCCUGACCACAGUAGGGGAAGUAAGCGAAGGCGUAACAGGGGUGAAUGUAAUGCAAAAAGGUCGACACCUCGCUUAGAUGCCCAAAUCAAUGCAUCGUCAGGUGAUGCUUCUUCCGAUGACGAUGAGGGGCCUGCUAUCGCUGCGUUUUUCGCCUCGCAAUUGAGUGCAGCAGCCGUGAAAAGAAGGCAACAAUACUCCUGUGAACAAUGUGGUAAAACUGGUCACAAUAUCAAGACGUGCAAGAAUGUCAAUAAGGAAUACGAAGAAGCCGGUGUCCCGAUCAAACCCGGUAAGUAUCUUGUCGGCGAAUGUCCAUUCACAAUCUGUGGAAUUCGCAGUGGAUACGAAGGUGCAGUUGAUAGUUAG